AUGAACUUGUCGCCUGUCAAAAACAACAGUAAAGUCUUGACACAAAAACAAAAUAUGAACACAGGUUUCAUCGAAACAAAAAUCAUGAAUAAUGAACAAAAUACGAGGCAAAAACAUUCCCGAGAUAAUAAAGGGAAGAAAAAACGUAAACGUAAAGGCAAGUCAGUUUACCACGACAGAUCUUCAAGUAACUCCGAGCUGAGUUCAUCCAAAGUGUCAGUAGUAGAUCAUCCAGCAGUGAUUGCCUCCACAGUCUGA